AAACAUUUCAAUGAAGUUUUCAAAUUUUUUAUUAAAAUUCGGCAUUUUCUUGAAUAAUUUGUUUGUAUUUCGUUUCAUUUUUUGAAAAUAAUUUUUAAAUUUACAUAAAAAUUUUGAUUUUAGCUAUAUAAAAAUUAAGUUACGAAAAAUUGUUAAACUUUGCUUCAGCGUCAUUAGCAGCAGUCCAAUAACAUUUUGUUUAUUUAAUAAUUAAUUUUUAAUAAUAUUUAAUUUUGUUUUCGGCUAAUUUUUAAAUAUAAAUUUCAAAAAUAUAAUAACUUUAAUGGUAAUAUUGACAAUUUUGUUUGUUGGAUUGGUCAUUCAAUUAUAUUUUAUUUAAAAUUCUAAAUAACUCUAAAAUACAGAUAUAUAAUAUAAUUAAAUAUAUUUUGGUUAUUAUUAAACAAAUUUGUGUAAAAAUUGACGUUUAUGUUAUGUUAAUUAGAGCCUAAAUGAAAAAUAAAUGAAAAUGUCCACAAAAGUUUUGUAUUCCAAGAAGUUACCAAUUGUAAUAAUCCAAGAGGAUGACAGAAGAAGGGUGGAGUUAUUGUUUACCAUUGAAAUACAGCACACCAUGAGAAAAGAGAUAUUUAUGCGCCUAACAGACGAAAAUGAUUUAUUUUUUCUCUAUCAGCUGAGAAUGGCUGAAGAAGAUUUUCAAAUAUUGAAAUCCCAGCAAGGGUUAUUAAUAGAUUUUGGGUCCUUUCCACAAAAAGUGAUGGACCUGUUAGAAGGAUGCAUGGAUAAAAAUUCCAAAGAACCAAAUAAAUUCGUUCUGACCUUGUCGUUCAGCGGAGGCGUGGGUUCAUGUUCUCAAGGUCACAUGGUUGUUGUGGAGAUGAACGAGUUCAAACACCUGAAUCAUCUUACUUUAAAUUUCAUGCCUGGCUCAGAUGCUGAUGUUAAGAAUUAUUUGCUGGAUGGAUUGAAGAAAAUGAAGGACAGAUAUGAACAGACCAAAUUGAAAUUAGACCAAGUUGAAUUUGAUUCUUCGGCACAGCUCAAGCAGUGUAGAGAGCAGCUGGCUAACUUGAAGGCAGAAAAUGACAAUCUGAAAACAAAUCGGGAUUUCCAACUUGAAGAAUGUAGAAAUAACUUUGAGAGGGAUCAGUCAAACAUGGUACAUAGAUUUGAAACUGAAAAAAGAGAGGCUGAAAGGCUGAUGAACAAGAACAUGAAACAACUUGAGAAUAAAAAUGUGGAGCUUGAGAGGAGUGUUCAAUCCUUAUCAGAAAGUCGCAACAAACUUGAAUCACAGUCGAAUGACUACAAAUCUAGAAUAAACAAACUUGAGGAUGACUUGAAACGUCAUCGAGCUGAACUCAACUCAUCCCAGCGUGAUGCAGCUAACUCAGCAGCUGAAUUGGUUGACCUAGAAAGGCGAUCAACUGAUCUAAACACGAAGUUAGCUUUAGCUGAGCAGAAAGUUAAAGAUAGAGACGAAUUAGUGACCAAAGCCAAUGAACAACUACAAACUGAAAAGAUGUUGAAUGAGAGCAUGAAGUUGAAUCUCUCGGUGAAGAAGCUAGUCGGAGAGGUGCAGAAGGCCAAUGAGAUUAUCACCAAGUUGAGAGAAGAUAAUAAAACGUUAUCUGCUAAAGUAAAAAUGAGAAGUCAGAUAGCCAUGGAGCAGGAAAAAAUUCUGGAAGAGAAGAACAAGGAGACUGAAGAACAUAAGAAGAUAAAUGAAAGUUUAGAGAAAGUUAUCUCUGAUAUGAAAUCUCAGAAGGCAGCCUUGGAAGACGAGAAGGAGAUGCUCCUACUGCAACUGAGUGAAAGUAAAAGAAUCUUACACACCAACGAGAAUGUUAUAGCAUGGUUAAGCAAGCAAGUCAACGAUUCUCAAAUUUCCAACUUGAAUAGCACCGAAAUGGCUAACAUUUGCCCGAUUAGCAGUACAAAAGUGUUUGAUUCGAUGGCUGGUGAAAAUUUCACUGGAGCCAACUAUCUGAGUGAGGUGAAAAACAACAACAGCAACAAACCACGUGUCGAGUGUUACGGCAUCAAGACGAACGUCGCAUUUGAUGAUGGUCCAGAAAACAACAACAACAACAACAAUAAUAAUAAUAACAACAACAAUAAUAAUAAUAGGAAUAAUAAAAAUCGACCGAUAAGCUGUGAAGACUUCAUUGACCAGAAGUACCUGAGACCAACCAUCGUAUUCAAUAAGAACCACCUGGACGAUGACCAAGCAAAACAUCAACAGCAACAAUAA